GCUCCCUCAGGCCCCAUGGCCCUGAUUUGCAGGAAGGCAAAUGGGGUCUGCCCAGGCCCUGGCCCAGGGAACCUCCUAACUGCUCUGAGAGGCCUUGGCAUCCAUCUGGCAGAUGCUGGGGAAAUCUGAGGACCCCAACACACCUGGUCCCUGCCCCCACUGAGCCCAGAGGAGAGAAACAGAACACAGUUACCACGUGUGUAAGAACAUGGAGGGUAUUGGAGGCCCAGGAUGGGGCCCGUGGACAGGGCAUCAGGGGAAUCGACGAAAGGUCCAGAGGAGUAAGACUGUCCACCUGACUCAGUGUUGGUGCACAGCCAGGGACUAAACGGAACUUCUAGUGGGCAUCUGAUGCCCAUGCCUCUUCUAGGGUGAGCUCUUGUUAUCACCACGUUCCAAGUGUCUGUGGCAGGAGGGGCCUCGCAGAGCUGGUCUGAAGGUUGAUGCAGUCAGCCUGUGGUCAGUGCUGGCCGUCGUCAUGACUGCCGUCUUGUUUGCAGAGGGCCCAACUCGACGCGGGAUGCAGAGCUUCCUGAAGCUGCUGAGGGGGAGUGAGGGUGCCGGCCCGCCCUUGGCGGAGCUGGUGACCCUCGCAGGCAGGCUGUGCCGCGACCUCCAGGACGACCCCAUCCAGGUGCAGCCCUUGGUCACGGCUGUGCUGGACAGCCAGCUCCGCCUGCACCUUCUGGACAAUGCGGACGUGGCCCUGGUGUGCGCCCGCGUGCUGACCCAGCAGGAGCAGCACCAGGACGCCUGCCGGCUGCUGGAGGGCUGCCGGGUGCCAGGUGGCAGCCAGGAGCUGGUGCAGCUCUGGAACGACAUCCACUACCGUCUGGUCAUGAAGCGCCUGGGUGUGGCCACGCUGACCCCGGUGCAGAGGUUCCGCUGCAGGAAGAGGAACCCACCACCCCCAGCCCUCUGUCCUGGCGGCCUGAAGAGCCGGAAUUUUUCCACAGAGGUUCGCCAGAAGCUGCAUGAUUUCGCUUCGGGCGUGAGCACCAACCCCAGCAAGGCUGAGCGGGAGAGCCUGGCCUCGGAGACGAGCCUGAGCGCCGAGCAGGUCUACAACUGGUUCGCCAACUACCGGCGGCGCCAGCGCGCCCUUCUGCAGCGCGCGGAGCCGGCCCCGGACGCGGCCGCGGACCCCGGUGCGAGGGCGAGGGUCCCGUACGCCCCGCGGCCCCCGGGCCGCCCCCGCGUGGGCUCCGGGCGUGGGCACCGGCCUCUGUGGUCAGCAGGACGUGAGGAAAAUGGGCCUGUACAGUCUCCGGAGACGACCCAAGGGCCAUGGGAGCCGCUGGCCCUGUCCCUGGACUUCUCUGGAGAUGAGACUAUGCCACAGCCAGUGGCUCCCAGGUCUCUGCAGGGUGCUGAGAUGUACCAGGAGGGGCCUGGCCAUGGUCCUGCCACUCUCCCUGCCGUCUGCCCUGGCUCUGGCCUCUGCCCUCUGGCUGUUGGCAGUGAUGUGCUGGACCCCUCCCUGGCUGCCCCUGAGUCGUGGCUGAUGUCCCUUGCACUGGCAUCCUCCAAGGAAGUUUCCUUCCAGACUGGGCAGCUGCUCCACGGUCACGGGCUGGACUUCAUGACGCGCCCUGCAGACGCUGCUGUGACUGUAUCCAUCACUGCCCUCGGCGAGCCCAGCCCCACAGGAUUCGCUGACGCACCUAGAGGCAAUUCCCGGAGCACGUACCUGGAGGAGGGUCCAGGCACGAGUGGUGGCCACGCAGAACAACAGGCAGGCAGCUUCCUGGUGACACAGCCCCCACCGCAGGCUCCCGAAUUCAUCCUCACCCCGAGCGCCCCAGAGCUGGCACCGGCCCCGUCCGCCUUCCCCGGCCCUGUGUCCACUGUGGAGCUGAGCCAGCCCCUGCCCUCCAGCCAGGCGCAGUGGCCCGACAGCCAGGCCUCCAGUGAUGCCUUCUGGGGAGCCAGGAUGCUCCUCGAGCUUUCAGGGGGUAACCUGGGCUGAGCUGCCCCUUGGGAACCCAGCCAGUGCCCAGGGGAGCAGGUGUGGACACCCGGCUGUUCAACACAAGUUACAGUUUUAUCCAGACUGAAAAAAAGGAGGUUCCCCAGAGUUCUGGGGGUUCUGCCAAGAAGCACUGAGAGCUGUGUAGCCCCCUGCUGUGUUUGAAUAGUUUGUUUGCCAGCUUCUCCCUAUAUCAGAGGAAGCAUUUGAGAAAUGUCCCUGAGAUGAGGAGUGGAAGGGGGGUCUGCUUCACUCAGGCGGCGGCAGAUCACAUGCUCCUGGGCAGGUUCUGAGCAGUCAAAGGUCUUUCUGGAGAGGAGGAUGUUCCGCUGCUGGCCACCCUCCCCCGUCCUGUGACAAGGCUGAACUUCUCCACCCAGUUCCCUUGGUGAGUGAGGCAUGGGCAGCGUUCUGACGUCUGUGUCUGUGGGGGCUUCUACAAAGAGGCAGCUGUGGUUGGGGACCAUCCCUAGGGUGGGCCAGGGUGCGUUUUCCCCUCAGGUUGUAAUUCAUUGUGUUUGCAAGACAAAUGUUGUAUUCAAUUAAAUUAAAGUUUUAUGUUCUGAACUCCCCCCUUUUAUUCACUUAACUAUAACCUGGACACCUGUCCCUGUCAGUCCCUGGCUAGCCUUUCACAGCAUGAGUGCACAUUAAUUGACAUAUCGUUAGGAUUGUUUCUGAUGUCUCUGUUUUAUAAGGAGACAUCUCUGCCAUCUGCUCUUUAUCGAGUUACUUUGUUGUGGGAACAAGGAAUUGCCCCGUGGUGAAAUGGUUGUGCCCAAGCCCACUGGGCCCCGGGGGCCGAGUGUGGUGCGUCCUGGCACAUCUGACCCCCUUCUCCACGUGUGACUGACACUCAGGACUGUCACCUCUAGGAAUAGGCCCGUGAUCCUCGCCUCCCCCAUUGUGUUAGUCGGCAGAUGUGUGCUGAGCAGCUUGUGUGAAACAGCCGGGAGCAGAGUCAGGUUUGUGCCCUCGGGCCUCACAGGAUCGUGGGGAAGACAGGAAUAAGCGGGCAGUUAUGGGUAG